CGGGUCGGGCAGUGGAUACGGAUCAGUUCGGAUUUUUACGGGUGUUCGAUUGCACCGAGGAGAUUCCCCUUUGCCAAACCUCGAUUUCUCCGAUGCUCUCCAACGUCGUCUGUUAAUUGGGUUCAUCCAUUUCAAAUCCUCCCAGUUUCCACCUCAAUUCAAUACUGGGAAGUCAAUUCUAUCCCGUUCCGAGGAAACCCUAAAACUCUUCCCGGGAAAUGGAUUCGACUUUGAGCAUUUCAUCGUCAUCGACGGCAAUCCUGCCUGUUCCUUCUCCACCGAAGCGCCAUAUUCGAAGGAUUUCGCUGUUUGGCCUCAAACGAAGGCGGGCCUUUAACACUGUCUAUGCCGUUUCCAACAAAGGCGCUGUUUCUAGCUCUUUCCCGGAUUCGGCUUCAUCCAGUACAAGUGAAGAUGUUCACAGGCGAAGAGGCAGGCUUGAGUCUCUGUUUUGUUACGAUAAGCCUAUACCAGAGGAGAAAAUUGAGAAGCCAAUAGGUUUGUCUUUGGCUGAGAAAAUAAUUGGAGAUAAUCCCUGCUGCCCUGAUUGUCAAUCCAAAGGUGCUGUGCUUUGCAGCACUUGCUCCGGCUCAGGCUUAUAUGUUGAUUCUAUAUUGGAGAGCCAGGGUAUCAUUGUCAAAGUUCGAUGCUUAGGUUGUGGUGGUGCUGGUAAUAUUAUGUGUCCAGAAUGUGGUGGUCGUGGUCAUCUUGGUGUUAAAUAAUCCCCGAGGGUAGGGGGAAUUAAUGUAAUCAAAAUCCGACCUCCAUCACCAAGCUACUGAAGAGCUGCCAUGCCAGGCUGCUAAACCCAGUUGGGAAUGUUUCGAAGAAAUUUGGAUUAUAAGCAUACAUCUGUCCAAUUGUAGUUGCUUGUCAUCAAGAGGAAACAAAGAUCAUCGUGUGAUGCAUUAAUUUCUACUCUGAUAUAUUAUGUGAUUUCACUGGUGUGUUUUUGGUAAUAUGUUUGAGAAUUAUCCGACUCA